CUGGACUACUCCCCUUGUCACCGUCGUUGAAUAUGAUCCUGGGUUUCCCCAUGCUGAAGUUGAGCGUCUUUGCUCUCAUGUUGUAUUUGAUCUCUCCAUUGUACAGCAGCUUCCUUAUGUAGUGUUCAAUGUCUGAACCGAUUAAUCGAAGUGUGUAUUCUGUCAACGGUGCUCCCUGGUUUCAACACGGAAUUGUCAGAAACUUGUUCGAUGGUAAAGACAGAUUCACAUAAUGUAAUGGCCAUUGAGUUGAAAACAGAUUGCAGGGAAUCGUCGAGCUCAACAAUGGUUCGACGCGGUUCAACCAGGACCCAGUACAAGAAGGAAACAUACGUAGCUUACCUCGUAGUGAUCGACGAGCUCUUGGAAGUAGGAGUAGACCUUGGUACAGGUCACAGGGUCGAUGUAGGCAGCGAAGAUCCUGACGUGCGAGUGGUGCUGCUCAGCCACUCCCCGCCGUACUCUUUCCCCAUGUUCUUGCUCUUCACGUUGAUCUGUGGCUCCACCGGCCUCGGCUUGGUCGGUUGCUUCUUCACUGGAAGCGUCUCGCUUGCCGUGUCUAUCUUCGUCGUCUCCUCUACCAUUUCUUGCUAUUGUUGUUGCUGUUGCUGUGCUGAAACUGUAAGUACCCUUUUGCUGUUGUUUCUCAAUUGUCGUUUGCCGACCAUAUGUGCAGUGGAGAAGGCCAUGUAAGAUGAUGAUGCAGCCGCCAUUGAUGAAUGGUGGUCGAGAGAGAGAAAAUGGAAGGGUGGGUUUUGGCUAUGGAUGGCUGGUGGAACUUCCUGUUGCUACCAUUUUCAGUUAGUGAAGGCUUUGCGUAGGGCCAAUGAGCUUUAGGUCCACUUGUUUUUUGCGGAUAGGAUAAAAGCUUUCGUGUUUCACAAUUGAACUAAAGCAGUGAAAACGAAGAUUUUCCACAGCCUCUCUGAAAAUGCUCUCGUUUCCUCUGAACCCUGGCAUGGCAACCCUCCGGUGGGGUGAAUUGCAAGUUUGGUCACCCAUAUUACUCAUUUGUAAUACUUUAUCCAUCCGAAUAAAAAAUCCUUCAAGUCAGCCAUCGAUACUACACUUUUAUAUCAUGUUUGACUGUUAAAGUGAUCACGUGUCCUAAAAAUAAAUAAAAAAUAAUUGAUUUUUAUUUUCAUGUCAUACUAAAAUUUAAUAAAUAUAUUUUUCAUAAAAAUGUAAAAAAAAAUAUAUUUUCAUGAAAAAACCCUUAUCUUCUCUUUCUCCCCUCAAGACACACUUCUUCCUCGGGCAAUCUGCCGCCCUAACAUUAGCAGCAGCAAAAGUCGCCGCCACCUUCAUGGCCAUUGUUCACCAUCAUCUCCCCUUCUCUGUUCCCACUCUAACAAAAUCUAGAAGGAUCAAUUCCUGGAGGAGUUGCAGCUAAACGUAAACCAAAUCUCCGGGGUGAUUCGACCGCAGAUUGAGAACUACCGAGAGCUAACCCAAGUCGUCGUUGUCGCCGUGUUGAAUCCCUUGCCUUAGCCGAUGCAUUUGUUCCCCCUAGAGUCAAGUCAAAGGAGUUGUUAUCGACGGUUGAAUCCCCUGCCUCAUGCGCCGCAUCUGCUGCAGCUAGAGUCGGAAUCCCAUGCCUUGUCGCCCCUCUACUGUUCACCUCCUCACCAUACAACUCGUCUCCCUAAUACACCUUCCUUCUCACCUUCGUGUACAAAACCCACAUCCCCAAACAUCAGAUCAAGAUAAAAAGCAUAAACAAAAUUCCAAUUGAUUCGCCUAUCACCAUUCUCAAAAUCUCAAACCAAAAUUCCAAUUGAUUCGCCUUCACCUAGAUCCUCGGAUAUUUGCCAGAUUGUUGCCCACCACCGAUCUUCGCCCAUCUGUUCGAAUCUUCGCCCUGAUCGUCGUUCAGUGUCAGUCUUCGCCCAGAUCGUCGGUCGUCGUCAAUCAUUGCCAUCCUCCACCGUCGUCAGUCCUUGCCAUCCUCCGCCGUCGUCGAUCCAUGCUGCUGACACAGUGGUCUCGAUUCGUUGUGGAAGAAGGAGAAGAAGAGAGAUGUAGCGCUUGUUUUUUUUCCCCGGUCGGAAGAAGGAGCGUUGUUGAAGAAAAGAGGGGAAAAUGAAGAGGAAGAAAGCGAGAACGAAUUG